GGUUAGGUUUACGGAAGAGAUUUCAGCUUCCGGAAAGGAUUGUUUCGCAUUUUCGAUAAAUAAUUCACCUUCCUGGUCUGAAGACUACCUUGUCAGGAGGACAUUGAAGUAUACCGUCUGAAGCAGAAUACAGGGACUGUGAGUGGGUCAUCAGGCAGUCUCCCUAUGUCAGGCCGAAACGGGUCUGCAAGUGAUGCAGACUGCCGGAUCUCUGAGGACUGCCGUGUCCCAGAUGUUGAGCUGAUGGAGCUGGGGCCGCUGCUGGAGGAGGGAGGGGGUCGACAGGCAGCAUCUAAAGGCGUCCAUCCAGAGGGAGCCUCGAUGCUUGCUGACGAGGAAGAGGAGGAUGAUGAGGUGGGAGAGGUGCUGACCUUACCACUUCAGGCUCACCAUGCCAUGGAGAAGAUGGAGGAGUUUGUACACAAAGUGUGGGAGGGGCGCUGGAGGGUCAUCCCUUUCCAUGUGCUGCCAGAGUGGCUAAAGGACAACGAUUACCUCCUGCAUGGACAUCGCCCCCCUAUGCCCUCUUUCCGGGCCUGCUUCGGAAGCAUCUUCAGAAUUCACACUGAGACAGGAAACAUUUGGACUCACCUGUUAGGGCUGAUCUUAUUCAUUUGUCUGGGCACGUUAACCAUGCUGCGGCCCAACAUGUACUUUAUGGCCCCGCUGCAAGAGAAAGUGGUGUUUGGGAUGUUCUUCCUGGGAGCUGUGCUCUGCCUCAGCUUCUCCUGGCUUUUUCACACCGUCUACUGCCACUCUGAGAAAGUGUCUCGCACCUUCUCCAAGCUUGACUACUCGGGCAUCGCCCUCCUGAUCAUGGGCUCCUUCGUGCCCUGGCUGUACUACUCGUUCUAUUGUUCCCCUCAGCCUCGACUUAUCUACCUCACCAUUGUAUGUGUUCUCGGCAUUGCCGCCAUCAUAGUGGCCCAGUGGGACCGGUUCUCUACACCUCGUCACAGACCAACAAGAGCAGGUGUGUUUAUGGGUCUGGGACUAAGCGGCAUUGUUCCCACCAUGCACUUCACCAUCGAGGAGGGGUUUGUUAAGGCCACCACAGUCGGCCAGAUGGGUUGGUUCUAUCUGAUGGGUGCCAUGUAUAUCACUGGCGCUGGGCUGUACGCAGCCAGGAUUCCUGAACGCUAUUUCCCUGGCAAGUGUGACAUCUGGUUCCACUCUCAUCAGAUUUUUCAUGUUCUGGUCGUGGCAGCGGCAUUCAUCCAUUUCUACGGUGUUUCCAAUCUGCAGGAGUUUCGCUACGGCCUCGAGGGAGGAUGCACAGAUGACUCUCUACUCUGAGAGGCCUGACUGUGAUUUACACAUACUUUUCUUGAUAGCCCCACACACUCACACACACACACACACUCAUACACACACGUAAAAUGCUGCUGGAAGUCAAUAUAGUCACUUAUUGCUCCUUCUGUACUUCUGAUUUGCUAAAAUGUUCUUAGGGUUUUGGUGGUCUUUCUGCUUUGGCUCUUUUUUGCUCCAAUAAAGUAGCAUUAAUUAGCCAAUGAACUGUGGAGGGAAUCUUCAACAGGCACUACUUCUUCAAUAAUUAUGAAGCUGGAAGUGGAGUAAGAUAAAAAUGGGAUUUAAACCAAAAUCACGCAUCCCUGUAACUGAUGGUCACUUCUUAGAUGCUAGUACCCCAACAUCUCCAUAGUCUGUUACCAUUGCACAAAGGGUGCAGAGAGUAUUAUUUGUGCUGUAGCAGAGGGCACAUACUGUAAACUAUUUCUUUUCUCCCGCUCAGUGUCCAUGCAGGUUAGAGGAUGAAUGUUACUGACCAACAGGAGUAGGUGUAGAGCAGUCCAGGACCGUUUAGGUACUCAAGGGCCUACACAUGUAUGAAGAGGAUGAAAGUAUACACAUGUAGUGUGUAUGGAUGUCACCAUGUUUUUGGUUUUUUUUAUUGUGCUGACACUGAUUGUGCAGCUGUCCGUUAAAACAUGGAGAACCACCACAAACCCACCCACUCUGCAAUAAAACAUGAGCUAUACUCUGAAAGCCCAGGAAAUACCUUUAAAAUCCCACUGAAACAAAAUAAAAUAGUCAUGAAAGGAAUGUGUAGUUUAAACCCCAUAAAUAUGAUCUACUGAGUAACACAGGGGUUAAUUUUAAUCAGAUGUUUACCUGCGUGGUGUUUGAAUCAAGAUGAAUCAAUGGACUGGAUACUUUAACUGAAUUUCUCAGUUUAUUUGAAUUCUGAAAUCUGUAGAAGUGACUUUGCAUUUGAUGCAUUAUUUUUUUUUGACAAAAGUCCAAAACAAAUGAUUUUCAAGCUGUUGAACAGAAACGCUGUAAAGGUUUGUAGCAGAUGUGUACAAAUAAAUGAGCUCAGUUCAGGUUAGACUAAGAUGCUUAAAGUGAAAAGAACUCCCCUGCCGUCAUUUUUCAGUCCGACAGUACAUCUUCGAUCCAUUUCUAGAGUAAUAGUUCCUGGGCUACGCACAAUGUACAGAUCUAGAUAGGUCAAAUUGUGUUUUUGUCAGCUAGAGAUAUUUCGUUUGUGCUAGAUUUCAGAUGCAAUCAGAGGUGUAAAUAUCAAAUGCACCUUAGUGUAUACUAUUAAAUUCAAAACUUUAAAUCGCCGUAACGGGGUUUAAAAUGUGUUACGUAUGAUUGAUAUAAACUUUUAGUAUUCCUGUGCCUUAGGCCAACGGAAAUGUUUUUAAAUAAAAGGGCCUAUCUUAACAGUCAAGGGAGCUUCAAGGAUUUCCAGAUGUUGACUUUUGUUGUUUUUCCUUGCCAUAUAUACAAUCGAAUCAUUAUUGAACUUACAACUCCAUUGAUAGGUUGUAUCAACUGCUGUUUAAGACUCCUUUUUCUAGAUCAACUUAUUCGAGCUUUAUUACAAAGACUAAAACAAUGUGUAUUCUUGACUUUGUGUAAUGUCCUGUGUAGAAAGUGAUAAAUCAUACAUUUCACUGAAAUGUAAACAUAAAUAUUUAUUAAUGGUAAUCUUGGAAAAUUAUUGUAAUAAAUUUUUUUCCACAUGUACAAA